UCAAAUAACGUUGGCUCAGUUCGUGUUCAUCGGUCGUUGGUAGCAGUUUGUGGAUUCGGAAAAGAAAAUAAUAGUGUUUUGUGCAAGUGAAGUGUAUAUGCAUGGAGCAGUGCUUGAUUGAGUGCAAUUAGCGUGUCAUUCCCAACGAUGAAGUGCGACCAUUUCAUAAAGGAAUUGUGAAAUUGACUUGAUUUUUUAAACAAAUUUAUAUCUUGAUGCGCUGAAUUCACCUCAAAAUUGGGUGAAUCAGUUUGGCAUCAGAAGUUCUUCGAAACAUGAUAUUCCCAUGGAAUGCUAUGUUGCGAAAUCAGCGUUUUAAUGGACUCCCUAAAGUUGGUGUCCAUAUUGUUUUGGGACUGACUCUACUGGCUAUUCAGUUGGCAACUGCAGCGGAACCAAAUGAUGCUGGCUUUGUGGAUUUAAUACGUGAAUUCGGUUUACCUGAACUGCCGCCUGGCAUCGUUGAUGUACCGGGCAUGUGCGCCGCGGAACGUAAUCCAUAUCAAGUACACAGUUCGCCAGCUUUUCGCGUCUCCAAAGAUGCUAUGCUAACCAUACAAACCGCGCAAGCUUUCCCCAAUGGUUUUCCCACGGACUUUUCAAUCGUUCUGGCUUUGCGUAGCAAUCAAACGAAUCCAACGAAAGCGCCCGUUUUUACCAUCUAUUCGGAUGAGAGUGAGGAGGUGCUCUCGCUUAGUUUAGGCAAAGAGAUUACGCUUAGCUAUGAGCAAUCUGAUGCGACUUUCAACCAACGUAACACCAUUAAUUUCGGCAUUGGUAUUAGUGAUGCGAAUUGGCAUCGAAUUGGUGUGAGCGUGAAAGGCACGGCUGCCACUUUGGUGGUGGAUUGUACUAAACAGGUGACGCGUCGUUUGGAGCGUUCUCGCGGCAGCACCAUUUCAACAAAUGGUCUAAUACUUACGGGCGCACAAAUGACAAAUGAUCAGGGAUUUUUCGCCGGUGAUGUGCAAUUGAUGGCCAUUGUAAAUAGUCCGGAAGCGGGUUAUGAAGUGUGUACACGUUAUGCCACACCUUGUGUGCAGCAGGGAUUUGUUACUGUAGAGCGACAUACAAGCGGUAAUGUUGGCGGUGAUGGUGGUGGUACUGUUAGUUGGUCGUGGUCAUCGUCAUCGAGCAGCAGUGGCGGAAAUGGAGUUGAUGGUGGUGGUGGUGAUGGAGCUGGUUUAAGUGGUGCCACACUUGGUCUUUUCGAAGGUAGGAGACGGUUAGAUGGCAGCGCAUUAAAUGAAGGUUUUGCUGGUGCCGGUGGUGCAGCUCAAGCCAAUGGUCCCAACUUCCAAUACACCAGUUCGCGUAGCUAUAGCGCUGGACCUGGACUUGUAGACGGUGGGGAUUUAAUUGGAAAUCUGCAAGUGAACGGAGUCGGACGUAGACAGCAACAAGGCGUUAAUAGUUUUGGUGGUAGCGCUGGUAAUGGCAUAGCGCUUGGCGGAAAUGCUGUUUCUGUUGGUGAGGAUGGUAGAGAAAGUGCUACCAUGCCAAACUUGCCGGAAGAAUAUGAUAACGUUGAUUUGGAUGAUUAUGCCGUCGACCCUAAUUUGGAUCUGAAUUUUGAAGAUUUUGUUGAUCUUACGACACCCUCUACAAAUGAAACGAAUGACAGUAAGGAAGCCAGAAAGACAGAGGGCACUAAUGGGAAUGAAUCUAAUGUGAAUUCUACUGAACCCGUCAUACCUGCGGUAAAUCGAAAUUUAGAUAGAAGAAGGAAUGGUGGUCCUAAACAGAAUUCGUCAGAUCCUAGUUAUGUGGUAGGUGGUGGUAACACCAUUUGUUAUCCCGGUCCCAGAGGUUAUACUGGCACCCCAGGACCACCGGGCGAACCAGGACCAAAAGGUGAAGCUGGUCGCGAUGGUUUGGCGGGCACUCAAGGCGUACAAGGCCCGCCUGGGCAUGUGUUUGUAGUUCCUACAAUACAAGGUGGCAAUGAGAAGGGGCCCGACACACAGGCAGAAGCUCUAAGGCAGAUGAUAUCACAACACAUGAUGGCUUUGCGUGGACCUGAAGGUCCAAUGGGCCUGACAGGUGUGCCGGGUCCACCGGGUGUGCCUGGUCAGCGUGGUGAUAAGGGCGAACCUGGUGAUGUUGGGGAACCGAAUAUAUACCUUCGGCAGGGCUUACGUGGUUUGCGCGGACUUGGUGGACCACCGGGUCGUGAUGGGCGACGUGGACGUUCUGGCAGAGAUGGUGAACGUGGGGCGGUUGGACCUCAGGGACCGAAGGGUGAAAUUGGACCAAUGGGUCCUAUUGGUAUGCCGGGUGAAAAGGGACAUCGUGGUUUACCAGGGUUAACUGGUGAGAAAGGACAGCAAGGUGUAGAAGGACAUCCUGGCGAAGAAGGGCCACCAGGUUUGCCUGGCUUACCAGGAGAGUUGGGUCCUCGCGGUUUUCCCGGACCACGUGGUUUCCCAGGGCCUGUAGGCAAUCCAGGUUUACAAGGAGCAGACGGCCAACAAGGUGCGAAAGGUUCCACCGGUUUAACUGGACCUGCUGGACCACCAGGGCAAUUAGGUCCAAAUGGUCCUCCCGGUGCUCCUGGUACGCAAGGCAAUCUUGGGCCUCCUGGUAUUGCUGGACCACCUGGUAAACCGGGACUUCCUGGUUUGCCUGGAGCAGAUGGUGCACCAGGUCAUGCGGGCACACCCGGUGCCAUUGGACCGAAGGGAGAUCAAGGUAUGCAAGGAGUACAAGGCCCUGUCGGAUUCCCUGGACCCCGUGGGCUCAAAGGUGAUGAUGGCCAACGUGGUACUCCUGGUGAUAAAGGCGAUAAUGGUGAGAGAGGAUUGGAUGGUGAAAAGGGUGAUGCUGGUUUGCCUGGGGAACGUGGAUCACCCGGUUCACCUGGUAGUCCGGGCCCAGAAGGACCUGAAGGUCCCAAAGGUUUUGAGGGACCAAGAGGGGAAACUGGCUCACAAGGCUUGCCUGGUGAAAAGGGUAAGCAAGGGCCCCAGGGUUUUCAAGGUUAUCCUGGUCCUUCUGGUGAUAAGGGAGACAAAGGUGCAACUGGAACUUCCGGACCGGCAGGUAUAAAAGGUGAGCGUGGAUUACAAGGACAGUCGGGAGAGCGCGGUGAAAUGGGACCUAGAGGUUUUCGAGGCUCAAGAGGGAGACGGGGUAACGAUGGUAAUCCCGGUCCGAAAGGUGACACAGGUCAACCCGGAUCACCAGGUCCGCAAGGCGAAAGUGGACCACAAGGUACGGAAGGUCCGCGUGGUUUUAUUGGACUACCAGGAGCACCUGGAGCAGAUGGGAAGAAUGGUGUGAUGGGUCCACCUGGAGAGCGAGGACAGCCCGGUGAACCGGGGAAACCUGGACCACCUGGAGAGGCAGGCGUCAUAGGACCCCGUGGAGCACCUGGUGAACUGGGCCCGAUCGGAGAGCCUGGAAUGCCAGGUUUGCCAGGGCUACCGGGUGAAUCUGGUUUACCAGGUGAGGCUGGCAAAGAAGGUCCACCUGGUCCAAUCGGUCCUAUAGGAAUUCCUGGACCUCAGGGAUCAACGGGCCUUCCAGGUUUUCCUGGCGAACGUGGUCAUCAAGGUCAGCCUGGAUUACCUGGUCUGAAAGGAGAGCAGGGCUUACUUGGACCUCCUGGAUAUCCUGGAGAUAAGGGUCAGUCGGGAGAGCCUGGCAAUUCCGGUCCUCAAGGUCCUCCAGGAAACCCUGGUCCACCAGGUAGUGCUGGUGCACCUGGUGCCAAAGGUGAACCAGGUGAAAAAGGACCAAUUGGUCCAGCAGGUAGAGAUGGUUUGACAGGAUUACGUGGCUUACCAGGACCACCAGGUCCUCAAGGUACGCCUGGUGAAGAUGGUGACAAAGGAGAAACUGGGCCACCUGGUGAAAAAGGUUUGAAAGGAAGUAGGGGCGAACCAGGUCCAGUUGGUUCGACAGGACCACAAGGGCCGCGUGGAGAAUCUGGUCCACCUGGAUCUCCAGGUGACAAAGGACCGCCAGGAGAGACUGGUCGAAGAGGUAUUAAAGGUGAAGAUGGCAAACCCGGUCUACCUGGACCCGUUGGUAAGCCAGGCAUACAAGGUUUACCUGGUCCGGCUGGCGUUAAAGGUGAACGUGGUGAUGAUGGAUUAAUGGGUCCUGUAGGACCACCGGGAUCCCCAGGAGAACAAGGCAGAAGAGGAUUGAAAGGAGUACAUGGACAACAAGGAAAACCUGGACCACGUGGUCCUCAAGGAGCAACGGGUUCGGACGGACCGCAAGGGCCACCGGGUCCUGUCGGUCCCAUUGGUAAGACAGGUGAAACUGGACCAGCAGGCCCUAAAGGAGAGCAAGGUAAAUCUGGACCUAUUGGGCCACCUGGACGACAAGGUAUACAAGGUCAAGAAGGACCUAAAGGUGCUGUUGGGCCGCGUGGUUACCCAGGAGCGAGAGGUGAGCCCGGUUUGAUGGGACCUAAAGGUGAUAUAGGACCUGACGGUGAAGAUGGAAAACCUGGCGAACAGGGGCCCAUAGGAGACUCGGGACCGGAAGGCAGAAUAGGUGAACCUGGGCCACCAGGAAAACAAGGUCCAGAAGGGCCUGCUGGUUUACAAGGAAGUCCAGGACCAAUUGGAGAAAAAGGUGAUAAAGGAGAUUUGGGGCCACACGGACCACAGGGUAUUUUAGGACCACAAGGUCUACCCGGACUGCAGGGACAACCGGGCACACGUGGAUUGCCGGGUGAAGUGGGGGAAACAGGUUUGCCCGGGCCGGAAGGUGUACCUGGAAAAGAAGGCAAUAUUGGUGAACCAGGACCAGCAGGGCCUAAAGGUGAUCGUGGUAGACGUGGACCAAAAGGACACCGUGGUGAAUUGGGUAUGGUGGGUUUGAAAGGUGAUCAAGGUGAAAAAGGUGAUCGUGGAUUACGUGGACCACAUGGCCCAGAGGGACGCAAAGGCGAACCAGGUCCUGUAGGAGCAAUUGGGCCUAAAGGCAAUGACGGUCCCCAAGGACAAACUGGACCGAUCGGACCACCCGGACCCAAGGGAACUGAAGGAACAGCUGGCAAUAAAGGUGACACAGGCCCACCCGGACCAGCGGGACCACCAGGUGCACCAGCCGAAGCACCACUCAUACCACCCGAACUGCUCUUCCAAAUGCAACAAUACUCUGGAACAAAAGCAGAAGUGCGAAGACGACGUGAUUUAGAUAUGCACGACGACUUAGCGCCAUUUGAUGAGGAUGAUGACUUUAAUGAAAUUAUGGGUGUACUUUCCGCGCCAGAACCUACAAUCGCUACACAAGACCAUCACAAGAAAUCAAAGCGAAAACGUAAGAGGAAGCCAACAGCACAAGGCGACGCGGGCGCUGGCGGUAAAUUGGUAGACAUGUACAGCGCCAUCUACAGCAUGCGCUUGGAAAUGGAUCGUAUGCGCAAACCGACCGGCACACAAGACAACCCUGUGCGCACCUGUCGCGACCUACACUAUGCACAUCCACAAUUUGAGAAUGGCUGGUACUGGGUCGAUCCGAACGCUGGCAUGCCCGAUGACGCGAUCUUUGUGUAUUGUAACAUGAGUGCCGGUGGUGAGACCUGCAUUCAACCGGAUGCACACACAGCGGAAGCGCCAUUGGUGCCGCGACGCCAAGCAGGCGAACUCGAUUGGUAUUCACGGCUGAGUGGUGGCGAGAAAAUCACCUACGACGGCGUUGGCACAGUGCAGCUGACCUUCUUGCGCUUGCUAACCGAGGAGGCGCAUCAGAAUUUCACAUACAUCUGUAGCAACUCGGUGGCUUGGUAUAGUGACGCGGAGCGUGGUUACUCAAAGUCGCUGCGACUGCUGGGCGAAAAUGAAAUGGAAAUUGCAAAUGAGGGUACCGACAUCAAACCGGAAGUGCUGCGCGACGAAUGUCAGCAACCGAAUCAGCGUGGCGAGACUGUGCUGCUGGUGCGCACCAAACGUCAUAACUAUCUGCCAUUAGUGGACUUCUAUCCACAGGAUUAUGCGCGUACGGAUCAAGCAUUUGGCUUUAAGGUUGGACCAGCAUGCUUUAAAUGAGCCAUAACAACAACAACAAAUUAUAUAUUAUAUAUAACAUUAUAAAGAGAGCGAGAGAGCAGAUGCACGAGCGAGCGACGAAUUUUAAGAAUAUUUAUCUAGUAAAAAUAUACCAACACAUAGCGUUAAUUAUGACAUAAGCAUAGAAGAUUGAACCAAAUCGACUGCCAUAAUUGUAUAAGAAAUCUAUAAGCAUUCGAAUUGUUGUAAGUGUAUUUAGUUUUAAACGGUUUUUAUUACUUUAUUUCAACACUAUUUUAAGCUGAGAGAGUCUUUUGUUGUUACAUAAGUGUUUUUUAUACAUGAAUUCAAUACAA